GCAUUAGGAGGCUGGAUGCAUCACUGUCAAAAAAAAAAAAAAAAAAGACCUACGCAGACAUUUCGGCGUUUAAUGCACACAGGGCACACGGCACUGAGCGAGCUGAUGAUGGAAGAGAAACGCGCGUAACCGUGAAUCACAGCAUCCCUCUGCAGCGCCGCACUGACGAGGGCGAAGGCUCAGCCCACACGGCUCCGGUAGGUACCGGUCCAUCAUGGAUGCGGACUCGCCCAGAUCUGUUCGCGCAAACACAGCGGAAGGACGAGCGCGCAUCCGCAUCUGUCCGCGUGCUGCAAGGUGUCUGUGAGAGGACAUGAGCAGGGAGCUCCGCUUGGAUGCAUUGUGUCAUAAUGAAGAGUGACCCGGCUAUUGAGCCAAUGUAGUAUCAACUCAUUUGGAUUCCCUCAACUGCUCCUCUUGCUUGGAUUUCAGCACUCAGUCAAAUCCACCAGGACAGAGUAUGCCAUCUGCACCUUAUCUCAGAAUCCUGCGACCGCUUCUCCUUGGCACUUUCAUACUGGGUUGUUUCGUGACUGUGUUUUUGAUGUAUUUUAAACCAUCCACGAGCUGGUUGUCAAGUCCUGUUGAGUCAACAGUAUCCACAGACAGAGUGAAAAGUUUCUUCACGGGCAGAAGUGAUAAAAACCUGACCACCGUGCUGAUCUGGCUCUGGCCUUUCGGACAAAACUAUGACCUGAGCGUCUGCAGCUCUCUCUUCAACAUCGAGGGUUGUUUUGUCACAGCAGACAGGAACCUCUAUAACAAGUCAGAUGGAGUUGUCAUCCAUCACAGAGACAUUAGCACUGACCUGUCCAACCUGCCACCGCUCCAGCGACCACCCUUCCAGAAAUGGAUAUGGAUGAACUUGGAAUCUCCGUCGCACUCCUCCCAACUUCCUGGGAUUGAGAACCUGUUUAAUCUGACCCUUAAUUAUCGUCAGGAUGCUGACAUUGAAGUGCCUUAUGGGUCCAUAGUAGCAGCGGAGGGUGAAGAGGACUUCGUCCCACCCAGCAAAAGCAAGUUGAUUUGUUGGAUUGUGAGCAACUGGAACCCAGACCACGUGCGUGUGAAAUACUACAAUGAGCUUUACAAACACAUUGAGGUGCAUGCGUUUGGGCAAGCUUUUGGGGAAUACAUCUCAGACCAAGACUACUUCCCCACAAUCGCUAGCUGCAAGUUCUACCUUUCAUUUGAAAACUCCAUCCACAAGGACUACAUCACUGAAAAAUUGUACAACCCGCUCUCUGUGGGGACGGUACCAGUGGUUCUCGGCCCACCUAGGCAGAACUAUGAGAACUUUGUCCAGGGAGACGCCUUCAUCCAUGUAGAUGACUUCACGUCGCCUAAAGAACUGGCCGACUACUUACUGCUCCUGGACAAGAAUGAGGAAAUGUACCUCCGGUACUUUGAGUGGCGACAUCACUUUAAAGUGAAGAAGGCAUUCUUUUGGGCUGAGCACACAUGCCUGGCUUGUGAGUACGUGCGUAGGCACAAAGAAUACAAGACAUUCAACAACCUUGACAAAUGGUACUGGGGCUGAUAAUCCUUUGUAUGGCUGUGCAGCGAUUGUUUCGAUGUUGAAGGCUGUGCUUUAAGAUUUUUUUUUUCUUGUCUCAACAUAAAAUAUCAUUGCUAUUCAACCUGAAGAUUGAAGAUCUGAAUGAUCCAGUAAUGAAUGGUCCAUAUGAGAUGUUUUUCUUUGAAUGCAAGCUAGUGGUAAGCCUUAAUUUGCAUUUUUUGUACUGCUAAUCAAUGAUUUAAUUCAAAUGCACUGCUUUUAUUUUCGUUUUAACGUUACCCAUAACCCACUUGAAGCUUUAUACUCAACUAAAAUAUAACUGUGACACAUUCCUGUUGACUCCUAUUUUUCACGAGAUGAA